CUGCCCGGAGGCUUUAAAAACACCGUGUGGCACGUCACUUUCACGCGACCUCAUCUUUGUCAGUGCACAAAAUGGCGCCUUACAGCCUCCUGGUGACCCGGCUGCAGAAGGCCCUGGGUGUGCGGCAGUACCAUGUGGCCUCAGUCCUGUGCCAGCGGGCCAAGGUGGCCAUGAGCCACUUUGAGCCCAACGAUUACAUCCGCUACGACCUGCUAGAGAAGAACAUCAACAUUGUUCGCAAACGACUGAACCGACCUCUGACCCUCUCUGAGAAGAUUGUGUAUGGACACCUGGAUGACCCAGUCAAUCAGGAGAUCGAGCGGGGCAAGACGUACCUGCGGCUGCGGCCCGACCGUGUGGCCAUGCAGGACGCCACAGCCCAGAUGGCCAUGCUGCAGUUCAUCAGCAGCGGGCUGCCCAAGGUGGCCGUGCCGUCCACUAUCCACUGCGACCAUCUGAUCGAGGCCCAGGUCGGGGGCGAGAAAGACCUGCGUCGGGCCAAGGACAUAAACCAAGAAGUGUAUAAUUUCCUGGCAUCUGCAGGUGCCAAGUAUGGCGUGGGCUUCUGGCGGCCUGGCUCUGGAAUCAUUCACCAGAUCAUUCUGGAAAACUAUGCAUACCCUGGCGUUCUUCUGAUUGGCACUGAUUCCCAUACCCCCAAUGGUGGUGGCUUGGGGGCCAUCUGCAUUGGAGUCGGGGGUGCUGAUGCAGUGGACGUCAUGGCUGGGAUUCCCUGGGAGCUGAAGUGUCCCAAGGUGAUUGGUGUGAAGCUGACGGGCUCACUCUCCGGUUGGACCUCACCCAAAGAUGUGAUCUUAAAAGUGGCGGGUAUCCUCACAGUGAAAGGUGGCACGGGCGCUAUUGUGGAGUACCACGGGCCUGGCGUAGACUCCAUCUCCUGCACUGGCAUGGCGACAAUCUGCAACAUGGGCGCAGAAAUUGGGGCCACGACUUCAGUGUUUCCUUACAACCAUAGGAUGAAGAAAUACCUGAGCAAGACAGGCCGGGCAGACAUUGCCAGCCUAGCUGAGGAGUUCAAGGAUCACCUGGUACCCGACCCCGGCUGUCAUUAUGACCAAGUGAUUGAAAUUAACCUCAAUGAGCUGAAGCCCCACAUCAAUGGGCCCUUCACCCCUGACCUGGCUCACCCUGUAGCAGAAGUGGGCACUGUGGCAGAGAAGGAAGGAUGGCCUCUGGACAUCAGAGUGGGUCUGAUCGGCAGCUGCACCAACUCCAGCUAUGAGGACAUGGGGCGUUCAGCAGCUGUGGCCAAGCAGGCGCUGGCCCACGGACUCAAGUGCAAGUCUCAUUUCACCAUCACACCGGGCUCUGAGCAGAUCCGAGCCACCAUUGAGCGGGAUGGCUAUGCACAGAUCCUGAGGGAUGUGGGCGGCGUGGUCCUGGCCAACGCCUGUGGUCCCUGCAUUGGCCAGUGGGACAGAAAGGACAUCAAGAAGGGCGAGAAGAACACAAUUGUCACCUCCUACAACAGGAACUUCACUGGCCGCAAUGAUGCGAACCCUGAGACCCAUGCCUUUGUCACGUCCCCGGAGAUUGUUACAGCCCUGGCCAUUGCUGGCACCCUCAAGUUCAACCCAGAGACUGACUUCCUGACAGGCAAGGAUGGCAAGAAGUUCAAGCUUGAGGCUCCAGAUGCGGAUGAGCUUCCCCGCACGGAUUUCGACCCUGGGCAGGACACCUACCAGCACCCUCCCAAGGACAGCAGUGGGCAGCGGGUGGACGUGAGCCCCACCAGCCAGCGCCUACAGCUUCUUGAGCCAUUUGACAAAUGGGAUGGCAAAGACCUGGAGGACCUUCAAAUCCUUAUCAAGGUCAAAGGGAAGUGUACCACUGACCACAUCUCAGCUGCUGGCCCCUGGCUCAAGUUCCGUGGGCACCUGGACAACAUCUCCAACAACCUGCUCAUUGGUGCCAUCAACAUUGAAAAUGGCAAGGCCAACUCUGUGCGCAAUGCCGUCACCCAGGAGUUUGGUCCUGUCCCUGACACUGCCCGCUACUACAAGAAACACGGCAUCCGGUGGGUGGUGAUUGGAGAUGAAAACUAUGGCGAGGGCUCAAGCCGGGAGCAUGCGGCACUGGAGCCCCGCCACCUUGGGGGUCGGGCCAUCAUCACCAAGAGCUUCGCCAGGAUCCACGAAACCAACCUGAAGAAGCAGGGCCUGCUGCCCCUCACCUUCGCCGACCCAGCCGACUACAACAAGAUUCACCCCGUGGACAAGCUGACCAUCCAGGGCCUGAAGGACUUUGCCCCUGGCAAGCCCCUGACAUGCAUCAUCAAGCACCCCAAUGGGACCCAGGAGACCAUCCUCCUGAACCACACCUUCAACGAGACCCAGAUUGAGUGGUUCCGUGCCGGCAGUGCCCUCAACAGGAUGAAGGAGCUGCAGCAGUAAGGUCCCGCUCUGCCACCGCCAUCCUGCUCCUCAGACUCAGCUCCCGUGUCACAGUGCAGUGCUGCAUGUCAUCAGAACCAGAUCUGAGUUGACCCAGCCGGGCUUCCUGCACUGAGACGGGGUGGCCAGGCCUCCUGCCCCCUCCCUCAGCCCACGGAGUGACCAUGGUUGGAGUGACCCAUGGGUUGGAGGGCUGUUAACCUGCCUUCCCAUUUGUAGUUUGGUUCAGAUCCUGAGCACCUCCAUGCAACUGUAUUUAUUUUUGAUGACAAGACUCCUAUCUAAAGUUUUUCUCCUGUCUGAUCAUUUCACUGGUGGCUGAAAGGAUUUUAAAGCACCUUUUGGUCUUGCAAGGAAAAUAAGAAUCCACAUUCAGUGACUGUU